GCGCGCUCCGGUCGCGGGAGCUGUCGUGUUGCCGCGAAAAAGUGACGUUUGUAAAAAAGUGACAGUUGCUGAGUGUUUUUUGUUUUUAAAAGUUUUAUUUUUUCUGUGCGGCCAGUGCGUGGGUGUUUUCAAUUUGAGUUUUUGCUUUUGUAGGACUUUGAUAUUUUAAACAACAAAAAACUGUGUUUUUGUUUGACUGGCGCCUUUUGUGAAACAGUGAUAAUUCGUAGAUUCAAAACAGUGCAGAUCAAAACAUCAAAUCAAAGGAAGAAAAUUCGAAGUGACAGUGUUCUUUUUUCAAAAGUGCAAUAAUAAUCCAAUUUAUUUCUAAAGUUUUCGUCAUGAGUGGCCAGUGUCAAUGAUGGCAUAGACCACAGUGCAGCAAAAAUAAUCGAAUUUAUUUUUAAAGUUUUUCUCGUCAUGAGUGGCCAGUGCUGAUGGUGGCAUAGACUAGUGCAGUGAAUGUAUAAUGAGUUUGGAAAAUGGAUGAAGGGAAGAUACACAAGACCUGCGUGGUGGUGAACUCCUGUGAUGAUGAUGAGGAGUCGCGGGACGAGGUGGACCACGAACUGCCCAAGAACAACCCUUUCAAAAGAGGCUCCGACCCGCGCGUGGCGACGUGCCGCGGGCGGCUGCAGACGCGGCGCUGCCAGCUCAACCAGGAGAUCAACAAGGAGCUGCGCCUGCGCGCCGGCGCCGAGAACCUCUUCAAGGCGACAACAAACAGGAAGCUCCGAGAGACGGUGGCGCUGGAGCUGAGCUUCGUGAACUCCAACUUGCAGCUGCUGAAGGAGCAGCUGGCGGAGCUCAACUCCUCCGUCGAGAUCUACCAGAGCGACAGCAAAGAAUGGGUGAUGCCCAUGAUCCCGCUGGGGCUGAAGGAGACCAAGGAGGUGGACUUCCGGGAGCCGUUCAAGGACUUCAUCAUGGAGCACUACAGCGAGGCCCCGGCGGCUUACGAGGACGCUAUCUCGGACUUUAUGGACAUGAGACAGGCCAUGCGCACGCCGGUGCGCUCGGGCGCGGGCGUGGCGCUGCUGUUCAAGUACUACAACCAGCUGUACUUCAUCGAGCGCCGGUUCUUCCCGCCGGACCGCUCGCUCGGCGUCUACUUCGAGUGGUUCGACUCGCUUACUGGAGUCCCAUCUUGCCAACGAACAGUUGCGUUUGAGAAGGCGUGUGUCCUGUUCAACAUGGCGGGAAUCUACACACAAAUAGGCGCUAAACAGGAUCGCAACACCGCACAAGGGCUAGACGGCGCGGUGGACGCGCUGCUCCGCGCGGCCGGCACGCUUCGCUACAUACACGAGAACUUCACCAACGCGCCGAGUGUGGACCUGGCUGCUGAUACUCUGCUGGUUCUGGGGGCUUUGAUGACGGCGCAAGCCCGAGAGUGCCUCUUCGAGAAGCUCCAGCUCCAGGCUCGCGAGGAGUGUUCCGCCCGGGAGAUGGAGCUGCGGGACGACGUGGACCUGUGCCUCGACCUCGCGCAGGAGAGCGCGCAGCUGGCGGCCACCUAUGAGCAGCUGUAUCAGAAGAUGCAGACGGAAGGAGUGUUCAACUACGUGCCAUACUCGUGGGUGUCUCUGGUCCACGUCAAGACUGAAUUCUAUAAAGCUUUAGCCCACCACUUCUGCGCGACGGGCCUGCUCAACGUGUCCCGGACCACCACCCGCAUCAACGACCGCAUCCGGGCGGUCUACACGGCCGACCGCGGCGGCGACACGGUCCGCGACACGGCCGACGAGCCGGACAGGGUGGCGCUGGGCAUGGCGCACUUGGCCGAAGCUCAGGCGCUGUAUGAAGAGGCUUUGAGGUUGCAGCGGAUGUGCAGAGAGCUCCGCGGCAAGGAGUGCCUGGCGCGGCUGGUGCGGCAGCACGCGGAGCGCGCCGGCAAGGAGCGCGCGCAGUUCGACGAGCCCGAGUUCAACGACCUGCUGGAGGCGCCCGCCAUCUUGCCGUCAUCGAAGUUCCAACUGGCGCUGACUCCGCCGGACUUCGCUCAGCACCGAGUGGAAGACUUAUUCAAGUCUCUGGGACCCAUCGCCAUAUUCUCAGCUAAGCGCCACUGGAGUGCCCCACGCCUGGUGCAACUACAGAAGAACAUGGAUAAAAGAAGAGACUCCUCCAGAAGAAACAAGAACGGAGACGUAAACGGGGACGAGGAACAUCUGAAACCUUGUGAGAUCAUCAAAAACGGCAUCAAAAACCUCCGAAUGAGCGGCAAAAGAGACAGAUCAGAAGACAACAGUACUUACUACAACCAAAUAAUCAGAAGCGACGAGAAAUACACCGAUGAAUAUGAGAAGAAACUACACAGAGUCACAAAACAGAACGGGGUCUACAUCAAUAGUUUCAACAACAAUAACUGCGAUUACCAUCCGAAGGUCAUCGAUAACUUUGAGUCCAAAUACAGCGAUUACAGACACAAAGUCAGCAAUGACAGUUUUGUCAGAUCGAAUACGGAGAAUGGAUUCAAUAAGCUAGAUAGGCCUGAGGUUUACUGCAAUGGGCACUUGAAGGAGAGGAAUGCCAGGGGUGAUCGUAGAGGUUCGAAGAAUGACCAGAUAAGAAGGGUGGCGAGUGACUACAAUGUUUCCAAUGUACAGAAGAAUGAGGAUGAGGGAUUCGGGUUUUCCGUUCGGGGAGAUUCGCCGGUCAUCAUUGCUAGUGUUGAACCCAAUUCUUUGGCAGAGAUCGGCGGCAUGCGAGAAGGCGACUUUAUAGUGGCGAUAGGGUCUCGCGACGUGAAGUGGAGCUCCCAUGAAGAGGUGGUCAGUCUGAUCCAGCGCGCUGGGGACUCCUUGACAGUGAAACUCGUCACUCCGAUGGACCACGCGCUCGUUGCUAAUGACAGACGGUCAUCACCAGAAACGCAGCGGCAGUCCAACUCCAACCAAGGCUCGGUCUCAGCCGCAUCCACGGCCUCCAGUGGGUCUACCACAGCCACGGCCAGGUCGUCCGCCCGGCGCGCGCCAUCGUGGAACCCCUUCCGACGGAACACCGUCCGGGACACGAGCUCGCACCGCGGCUCGCACACAAGCAACGUCAUCUUCAGAUAAACGCCAUCUAGUGGCGGACUUUAGAACGUAAGAAACGUUUUUCUGAUAAGCGCCAUCUAGUGGUGGUCUUUAGAACUAACUACGUCGUAUUCUGAUUAACGCCAUCUAGUGGUGGUAGCAACGUUAUCUUCUGAUAAACGCCAUCUCGUGGUGGACGUUGGAACUAGAGUGGGUGACAUCUGUUGGGUAACGUCUGAAUUAGUGCACGUAGUUUUAGAUGAACGGGUUUAUGGAGUUUGCGCUAGAUGACGUGAAUGUUAUCUAGUUUGGUGGCGAAUAAAUGAACUAAGGUAAAACUUUAUUAUAGAACGCCAUCUAGUGUCAAACUUUAUGCCUGAAUAACGUAUAGUUUUGGUGAACGUAUGUAUUAUUUGUAAGAGAUUCAUCUAUAAUAGUUGGCAAAAGUUAUAAUAAUAGUAUGGAAUUGCCAAAGGUGCUCUGUUAAUAUAGCCCAUUUAGAUUUUAUAUACUUAUGGGCCGUUUCUGACGUAAGUUGCUCAAGUAGGGGUAACAAAUACCGUAAUUUAUGUUGUAAGGUAAGUAGUACAUAUUAUGUUACAGGAACGGUUUUCUAGAUAAGACGUAUUACCGCCAUCUAUGGGUUAGCUUAGACAUUGAUUGUAUAUUUUGAAGUGUUUUCUUGUAAAGUCUUUCCUAAAGAAGUUGAUUAAAAAAUAAAAUGAAUUAAAUAUUAAUAUUUUCUGUGAUAGAAUUAGAGGAAUCUAUUGGCUUUUUUAGAUUAUAUUUAUGUAGUACAGUGGGGUAUUUUGUUCUUAAUUUGUAUAUCGAAAGAGUUAAAUUUAACGUUGCGCCACUGCACAUAAAAAUAUUCUUAUUGUGACAAGUUACAAUAUAAAAUCCGUCCUUAUGUAGGUACUUGUAAAAUACAUAAAAUUCUAAUCAUAUUAUAUCUGUCAAUAUUAUACAGGAUCUAUAUAAAUGCUGAUGUCCGAAAUAUGUACAGAAAGGUAACGAAUACAGCAUGGCAUCUGCAGCUAUUUAUGUAUUUAGGCACCUAAAUAUAUAAUUAGGAUUUCAGGAUCUUAACUUGGCUAUGAAAAGCUCCAAAGUAUUUUAAACAAAAAUAUAUUUAUCUAAAUGCUACUCGACUUUGUACUAUACUUAUGUAUAUUUUACAUAAUAUUUAAGUAUCUAUCUUUUCUUUUGCUUUUUAGCAUGUUUUUCUAAUGUCCUAAAUAUUAAAGAUUAGAAUACAAUCGGUUCUGUCUGCAGUCGAGUAGUAUACCUCCUUUAUAUCUAUGGAUUAUGUGAACUGUCACAUCUUUACUUCAGUAUUAAGAAGUGUACAGUUGAGUGAAUGCAUUAGAAUUGAGAUAUUGUUACUGAUAAUUUGUAAAAGCAAAAGCAUAUAAUAUACUGUUCCACACAAAACCUUCAUUCAACAUACAUUUUUGUUUUAUUUGACGACAUACUAAAUUACCUUUUCUACGUAUUUUUUUAUGAAUCUUAUCCUUCAAAUUUCACAUUAGUGCCUCAGGAAAUAAUUAGGAAUAAAUGCCUAAACCACAUCUCGUAAUAUAAAAGGUAUAAGAGCCUACAUAGAAUGGAAAUCUUGAGCCUUUAAAACUUGAGCGGAGUAUGUCUAACAUUUUUAUUACAUUUAAUGGUUGUUUUUAAUAUUAAUAUAUUUCAAUAUUAUUAUGUUAAUGUAGUAUAUUAAUGUAUUAUGAUCGCUCUUUCACAAUACUGUAAUCAAUUUUAUAAUCAUUAAAACGUUUACAUAAAAUUCAAAAUUUUGGUUGCGAUCGAUGUUAUUUUUCAUGUAAAUAAAUUAACUUAAAAGAUAAAAAAAAACUUUUACGAUUCUUAUACUCUGCGCCAUUUAAAAAACUACAUUAGAUACUUAUUUAUUGAUCGCAACCAAAGUUAGUUAAGCAAUUAAUGGUUUAAAAUGUAU